CAAAGUGAAGUCAACACUUGUCCAUUUACCAGCAAAGUCCGGUUGAAAGUGUCGAUAAGCAAAAGGUUCCAAAGCAAUUUUAGUAAUCGUAGACAUAUUGGAACAAUUCCGUGGCUGUCAACAACUUCUUUGUUCCAACAACUUGUGUUUAUAGAGUGAGAGAAUAUCAAAGUUGAAAAAUGAGCAGAAUAUUGAGAGUGAGUAUGUCACUUGCAACUGCUUAUAUCGCAACAGAGUGGUUAUGGAAUAAACCCGUGCUCGCCGAUCUUGCUGCCAAAAUCGCACCACCAGUACCUACUAGGAGACCCUUUGCUAUGGAUGCUCAUGGACAGGUCCGAAUUGAUGAGUUUUACUGGUUAAGAGAUAAUUCUAGAAGUGAUAGAGAGAUUAUCGACCACUUGGAAAGGGAAAAUGAAUAUGUCGACUCAACACUGGCUGAUACGAAAGGACUACAACAAGUAUUGUUUGAAGAAAUGAAACAACGCAUCAAACAGGAUGACUAUGCCAAGUUUCCUUAUAGGAAAGGUCCCUAUUAUUAUUAUCAACGAAUGGAGACAGGAAAACAAUUUCCUAUCUAUUGUCGUAGAAGAGUGGUAGUAAAUGAUACCUCGUCCGUCUCUGUAGGUGAUAAGAUGGACGAGUCACAACCAGAAGAAAUAUUAUUGGACGCCAAUCAAUUGGCAGCUGGCUAUGAAAACUUUAGAGUAGGAGCUUUUGAAGUAAGUACAGAUCACUCUUUGUUAGCCUAUGCAUAUGAUACGAGUGGAGCAGAAAGAUAUGUUAUAAGGUUCAAAAACUUGAAUGAUGGCACUUUAUUAGACGAUAUUAUCAGGGAAUGUUCAGGAGAUAUUGCUUGGGCCAAUGAUAAUGAAACCUUAUUUUAUCUUACCAAAGAUAGUUUAGAUCGACCAGAUCGAUUAUGGAGACAUAGACUGAACCAAUCUUCAUUCGAAGAUGCCACAUUAUAUAGAGAACGUGACGAUGCUUAUUAUUUAUCUUUGCACAAGUCGCCCAGUGAUCGUUUCAUUUAUUUGCAUUGUCGUAGUGCAGAAACCAGUGAAGUCUCUGCUUUGGAUGCCAAUCGUCCCAAUUCAUCUUGGAAAGUGUUGCUUCCUCGUAAACAAGGAGUCGAUUAUGAUGUUUGUGAUAGAGAAAAUUAUUUUUAUUACUUGACCAAUGAAAAUGCUCCGAAUAGAAAGAUAUGCUUGGCCCCUUUAUCUAAUCCUGACCAUCUUGAAGAACUUAUCCCACAUCAUGAAAAACAAGAAAGGAUAGUACUCGAAGACUUUCGUACUUUUGUGAAUCAUUUGGUAGUUUUACAACGUAGAAAUGGAUUACAGGAAGUGGCAAUUUAUACUUUUGACAAAAAUCUUCUUUCAUCUCCUCAUCUUAUUCAUUUUCCUGAAGAAGCUUAUAGUCUUUCUCAUUUAUCAGGAGAAUAUCACUCAUCGGUGGCACGUAUUGAAUAUAGUUCUUUGGCUUGUCCUAAUUCAGUUUAUGAUAUUGAUUUGAAUACUUAUCAAAUGGUAUUGAAAUGGAGACAAGGCAUCCUCCAUACUCGCUUACAGGAUUAUGUGACCAAACGAUUAUGGGCUCCUUCUCGAGAUGGUGCCAAUAUACCCGUUUCUAUCGUAUAUAAGAAAGAUUUAUUUCAUCAAGAUGGAACAUCACCUUUAUUAUUGGAAGGUUAUGGUGCCUAUGAAAUAAGCAAUGAUCCUGUAUUCGAUUCUGGUCUUUUGAGUCUGUUGGAUCGAGGUGUUGUAUUUGCUAUUGCACAUGUUCGAGGUGGAGGAGAAUUAGGAAGAGAAUGGUAUGAACAAGGGAAAUAUCUAAAUAAGAAGAAUACCUUUACCGAUUUUCUGGAUGUUUGCAAUUAUUUGUUGGAACAAAAAUAUUCGAGUGCUGGUAAAGUAGCCAUAAGUGGAAGGAGUGCAGGUGGAUUGUUAAUAGGCGCCACUUUAAAUAUGGCACCUGAAGACUUAUUUUGUGGAGCCUUUGCAGGAGUUCCUUUUGUGGAUGUCUUAACUACCAUGUUGGAUGAUACUAUUCCAUUGACUAUUAAGGAACGUGAAGAAUGGGGAGAUCCUCGUCAAAAAGAAUAUUAUGAUUACAUUUUAUCUUAUUCACCUUAUGAUAAUAUUCAACAUAAGAAAUAUCCUCCUAUUUUGGUAACUGCUGGUUUACAUGAUCCUCGAGUAGGUUAUUGGGAACCUGCAAAAUGGGUAUUGAAACUACGUGAUUGUAAGAAAGAUGAUUAUCCUGUGUUGCUGAAAGUGAACUUGGAUGGUGGACACUUUUCUAAAAGUGGUCGAUAUGAUCGUUUGUUAGAAGAUGCACUUCAGUAUGCUUUUCUAUUACAAUGUUGGGGAAUCCAUAAAUAAUAAGAUAUGCUCCGUUUUAUACAUCUUUGGAUUGUUUCUUUCAUGAAUGAAUGAUU